UUUUGGUUUUGUUUUUUCACUUUCCCUUUGAAAACGUUUGAAAACGCAGCUAGGGCAUAUGCACAUCUUACCAUCCCGGCCACCAUUUUCAACGACAUUCGUCUCCCAUUCGCCGGCAUCGUCCUCGUCCAUUGUUGUGUCGGCAAGAGUCGUUCGAUUGAGAGCUACCAGAGACAGAGGAGACACACAAAAGGCAACGCCUUCCAUACCGUUUGCCGCCGUAACAAAAAAUGAAUAGGAUGGAUAGAUGACAGUGACCAGUGGGGGAAAGUGGUGGGAUUCUAGUUGAUUUCAUUGGCGUAAGGAUAAGAAGAUAAUAGUCUAUAGUCCACCAGACUCAUAGAGACGGAGUGGUUGCCGAUAAGGCUCUUCGUUGUCUCUCACACUGUCGCGCUUAAUUCUAAAAUACACAAGAAAGAAAAAAAACAGAAAGAAAAGAAAACCAUUAGAAAACCAUUUCUUUAUCUUUCUUUAUUUCUCUAUAUCAGAGAAAGUCGGGGGUUCUUCGCAUGGUCUAUCCCAUGGUACUCCUCCUGCCUCUGCAGACCUCCAAGUUACACCCUCUGUUAUGCAUCCCAAUCCCAAUCCACACCCGCCUACCUCGCUUCAAGACCCAACCUCGCCGGACCCACUUUCCCAUUUCAUCAAUUCCUCAGAACCCAUAUCAGGCAACCAACCAAAACCGUCGAGACCCACAAAAACAACGGCAACGGCAACAACAGCCGCCGAGGACUCUCUAUCCUGGCGGCUACAAGCGGGCGGAGAUCAAAGUCCCCAGUUUCGUGCUGCAACUGGAACCAAACGACGUCUUGGCGGAUGGUGAUGGUACAUUGGAGUUGAUUGACAAGGCAGUAUCCAAGUGGGUUAGGAUCGUGGUGCUCAAUGGUGCCGAAGCCAGUGGUGGGAAGCUCUACGAAGCAGCUUGUAAGUUGAAGUCGUUGGUUAGGGACCGAGCUUAUUUAUUGGUCUCCGAACGAGUCGAUAUUGCUGCCGCAGCUAAUGCUAGUGGGGUGGUGCUUUCUGAUCAAGGUCUUCCUGCCAUUGUUGCAAGAAACACAAUGAUGGACUCUAAGUCUGAUUCAGUAUUCCUUCCAUUGGUGGCGAGGAAUGUGCAAACAUUGGAUGCUGCUUUGAAUGCUUCAAAUUCUGAAGGUGCUGAUUUUCUCAUAUAUAGUAUUGGGGAAGAGAAUCAGGUUGAUGUUGUGCCCAACUCGGUUUUUCGAAAUGUUAAGAUACCAAUUUUUGCCAUGUUUACUUCGGGUGGAGAGGAUUUGUUACUCAAAGAGGCAUUAGUAUUACUGAAAUCUGGUGCUAGUGGAUUAGUUUCCACUUUGAAAGGUUUUGAGAUGUUUAGUGAUGAUGCUUUGAGCGAAUUGUUUGAUAAUGUAUACACGCCAAAUUUAAGGACUCAGGAUGAGCUUGAUAAUUUGAAUAAUCUUGAAUUCUUGGAUGUGGAUAACAAUGUACGUGAGGGAAGAGCGGUUGCUGGAUUUAUCAAGUUAGAGGAUAGAGAAAAGCAAUUCAUUGACAGGGAGAAAUUGAUAUUGCUUGAAGCAAUAAAAGUUAUUCAGAGAGCUGCUCCACUAAUGGAGGAGGUUUCGCUUCUCACUGAUGCAGUUUCUCAGAUUGAUGAGCCAUUUUUACUGGCUAUAGUGGGUGAAUUUAACUCUGGUAAAUCGACUGUAAUCAAUGCACUACUUGGAAGAAGAUAUCUCAAAGACGGGGUUGUUCCUACGACUAAUGAGAUCACUUUCUUACGCUACUCUAAAUUGAAUUCUAGUGAAGAACAACACUGUGAAAGACAUCCAGAUGGUCAAUACAUAUGCUACCUUCCUGCUCCUAUUCUUAAGGAUAUAAAUGGAUUCAGAUUACCAACGAAGGUUUUGGGACUCGGAGAUAUCGAGGGCAAAGGUUAAUUGUAGAUCGAACUUCUGGAAAGCCGUGUCGAUAUUAAGUUCAAACUGACUCCAGCCCAAAUAAAGAAGUUUGAGGAUAGCUGUUUUGGCCACUUUUUGAAGGCCAACGAGAUACAAUUUAGUGGCCACAUCGUCAACAGCAUGCUGUAUAGGCAAUGUGUUUGUGACGACAAGGACUCUAUGGUAUUCAAUUUUGGAGGGCGUGGUGCUAGAUUUAC